GCAGCAACAGCCGCUCGAUGAGCAACGUGCAGCAGUCGGCGGUGGCGCCCUCCACCCUUACCGCCACCCUGCCCCGCUUCCUGUCCCGCGGACACACCUACCGCGCCGUCGUCGGGGACACCCUGGUCCUGCCCUGCCAGGUGGAGAAUCUAGGCAAUUUCGUUCUUCUGUGGCGACGAGGAACAAAUGUGCUCACCGCCUCCAACAUUAUGGUUACAAGGGAUGAGCGCGUAAGACUGAUAGAUGGUUAUAAUUUAGAGAUAUCCGAUUUGGAGCCCCAAGAUGCCGGGGAUUAUGUUUGUCAAAUCAGUGACAAAAUAAAUCGUGAUCAAGUGCACACAGUUGAGAUAUUGGUUCCGCCCAGUGUACGGGCCAUCCCCACAUCCGGACAGCUGCAGGCCCGCAAAGGAGGACCCAUUACGCUGGAGUGCAAGGGCUCUGGUAAUCCUGUGCCAUCCAUUUACUGGACCAAGAAGAGCGGCGCAAACAAGUCGACGGCCAGGAUCGGCGACGGACCCAUUUUGACCCUGGAGAAGCUGGAGCGCCAGCAGGCGGGAGUCUACCAGUGCACCGCCGACAACGGCGUGGGCGAACCGGUCACAGUCGAUAUGAGGCUGGAUGUGCUGUAUCCCCCGGAUAUUCAAGUGGAGAAGUCCUGGAUACACUCGGGCGAAGGAUUCGAGGCGAAGCUCGUUUGCAUUGUUUACGCUGAUCCAGUCGCAACGGUGUCCUGGUACCAAAACUCAUUUCCGAUCCAAACGACGGACAGGCGCACCAUGAACACAAGGGCCAACCGGCACACACUCACCAUCCGGCACAUCCAGCAGGAGGACUUCGGAAACUACAGCUGCGUGGCGGACAAUUCGCUGGGACGCUCCCGCAAGUACAUGGAGCUCUCCGGACGCCCCGGACCCGCCGAGUUCUACUCGCCCAAGUGGGGUCGUUCGCCGGACAGCUACAACCUGACCUGGAAAAUCGAUAGCUACCCGCCGCUGGAGGAGGUUCGUCUGCUCUACCGUCGAGUGCUGAUGAAUGAUACGUACCAGCAGCCCGGCAGGUGGCACGACUUCAUCCUCACCCCGGAACACCGACCGGCCUCGGAGCCCCUGACACACAUCAUGUCCUACACCAUCAAGAAUCUGCAUCCGGGCGCUUACUACGAGGCAAUUGUGCAGGCCAAGAAUCGCUAUGGCUGGAACGAGGUCAGCGAUAUAUUUCAAUUUAUCGUCGCCAGCAACAGCCAGGACAUUGCCCCCGAGGACGCCGAGGUGGUGGCCAGCUCCAAGUCGCGCAGCAAUGGUGCCUCGGUCGGCAGCCUGCCAGGAUCCUUGCCCCACAGCCUGCUCCUCCACACGGUGCUCCUUUUGGUCCUGACCUUGAGUAAUUGUCAGUUCGACAGGCGACGACUGGGCCUGGGAUAAGUUCAUUCCGCAGGAGUUCAGGAUCAUGAGUAUCAGAAGUGGAGCAGCAAAGGUUGGCGGGAAGGAGCAGAGGCAUCCAGGAACACCAAAGAAAAUUCUCAAAAACAUUAUUGGACUCUGCAUACUGCCAACCAAAGAGCAAGUGAAUCUAGCCCCAACUAAAAAGCAAAAUGAGAUAGAAAGCAAGCUGAAGGAAAUUAAAAUAAAAACCCAUGUAAAUAAUUUUUCGAGAGUUUUGUCCACGAUUAAAUUAGCACACACACACAUAAAACCGGAAAAUGGUUAAUGGAAAUUGCAAUUCGAGAAUGCAAAUCCACUAUCCAAAUCCCACCCCCCAGUUCCAUCCCCAUGGUAGAAUAAGCAACUCGAACUAGGUCAUGUAAAUAAGCAUUAGAUAUCUGAAUGUGAACUGCAUUUUACUUCAUAAAUGUCGGGCUGAUGCUCGGUGUGCAGGAUGUGUAUGUAAAUUAAGCAAACAUUAUAUAGUGAUAUUAUUUAGUUUCAAGCGAAACCAUAAAUAACAGAAUAUUGAGGAUGAAAUAGGCAAAAAAAUAAAACACUGGAAUAAAUCACACCGCAAAUUGUUAGUAUGUAAAGUAUUUGCCAUUUACCACUUGCCAUUUGUGUUCCGAAUUCGAAUCCGUAAACGUUUCAUUGCCAUUCCUUCGAUUGCAGCUGUAGUCUUAUUUUAGCCAGUAAGCGCACCCAUAACCAAAACGAUAACAACGCAACAGCAAUUCAAUACAAUGUUUUUCGAUGUAAAUUAGAGUUUAAGCAAACGUGUUGUACCACCAAAAAAAGCGGAAAAGCGGAAAAGUCGGAACUAAGCUAGUCCCCCAUUCGGAAUAUUAGUCGGAGCAUUUGAAUGUGAAUUUUUGCAUACAUAUUAGCGGCACGCGAACGUCACGAACGUCAGGGAGUGUCAACCUGUAAAUACAUGAAUACUGUACUUAUUGAGUGUUACGAAAAACCCAGCAGGCAUUUUAUCAGCUUUUGCACCUUUCCAAUUGUACGAUUGUGCGAUCCCCAUCGAAUCGAAUCCGAAUCGAGGCCGUACUGUUUCAUUUAGGGCACACAAUAGAGGUCAAAGCUCACUUGUAUAUUUUAUAGGCCGCGGCCCCUCGAACUCGUAUUACCACAUAUACAACAACUCCUGUAUUUAGCAUGUCGAACGAAGCCAAAAGCCGAGUUAAAUGGGGGAAUCGAAUCGAAUCGAAAACCAAGUAAAAGCGUUACAAUUUAUCUACAUAAAUGUGUAUGUGUGUGUACCUUACAUAGCCAGUUGAAUGCAGGAUGCGGGAGGAGUACGAAUCGAAGGCAUUACUACAGAUUUAACAGAUACAAGGAUCUCCGAACGAUCCGAUCUGAAACUAAAUACAAGUAUAAUUCAGAUAAAUCAGAAAUAGAUAAGCACCUUGGCAGUGCGUGUUCAUUAAAAGUGAAUUCAUUAAUUACUAACUACAUAGUACGAUGCUAAUUGUAUGAUUAAUGCGCAUAAGAAACCCUAAAAUAUUCAAAAAUAAAAUAAAGCAUUAGAUGUAA